AUGUUAUUGGCUGCCUGCAUCGACGAAGGCAUGACCGAAUCAAUAUUGCAACAACUCGCGACGCUCAUUGCACUGGCCUGUAAAGCGCAGGUGGAAGAGGCUCGAGAACCAAUGUUAUCCGUUCUGUGCAAUUCUUUACUUCCUGAACGUGUUGGUGUUUCAAUCAAGGGCUCUAGUCACAGUGCUCAGAUGCAUUUACGUGAAAUCAGCAAGGAUGCCGUGAAUUCGCUAGAAUCAAAGCGACCUGUAGCCUCCUCAGUUGCAGAUUUUUUUCGUUUGCUCAACAUUCGUCCCGUCGUUUCAGACAGUCUCGUUAUAAACUUCGUUUCGACACCAGCUCCCAGCACCACUACCGUUAUGAACGUCGUUGGCAACGUGUCUUGCAUCGUCGACGCUAUGAAGAAUUUGAUUCUGCAAACCGCGUAUGACAUUCGUAUGAUCGUCAUUAAUAUAUGUCAUCUUCGUCAUGCUGAAUUUCGAGAAUGGGGUUCGAUUGCUAUCACUGGAAUCAUAAAGUCGGCGUUCAACUCUGACCCCGUAAUCGUCGACAAUAUGGUGUUACGACAGUCCGUUAUUAACGCAUGUUUAUCCCUCAGCGACGUGCAGUUCGACGACGUUCGCAUACAGCAAUUGCAAUGUGUCCUUUCGAUUAUGAGUAACAAGGACCAGAAUAUGUAUCCAGAUAUUUGGUUGCCGUUGAUCGACAUCGCCGGUUCAGUGGUUUCUAAAGAUCAGUGUCCAAACGAAGCAUUGGUUCGCUACGGUUUUCAGAUUACUCAGGUGAUCAUCACUGAUUUUCUUAAUUGUCUGGACAGCGAAUGCAUAUAUUUGCUGAUGGGCAUCAGUACAAAAUACGGUAAUCGCCAAAAAGACCUGAAUAUCAGCCUUAGCGCCGUAGGAAAUCUGUGGAACCUCAGCGAUUUCAUAUUUCAUAAUCGUGAGUCAAUACGCAGCACCGACAGCGAUUCGCUGAACAACCUGCUGCUUGGACUUUACACGUCGCUAAGUGAGCUAUGCACUGACUUGAGACCAGCCAUAAGAAAGAGUGCUGGCCAAACGUUGCUCAGCACUCUCGUGUCUCACGGCGAUCUGGUAGAAGUACGCAUGUGGCGCUCAGUAUUUUGUAGCGUUCUCUUUCCUCUUUUGGACAAGGUGAAAAAUCUGACGUUCUCCGCAUCCCGGGUCAAAACAGAUACCGAAACCAUUGGCGGAUCCAACAUACUUGUGCAUCAUUCAAGAGACACAGAAAGCAAACAAUGGUCAGAAACCGCCUCUCAGACGCUUAACAAUGUCAUCAAGGUGUUUCUCCUGAAGGUUCCGGUUCUUCUUGCACUUGGAUAUGACUGUCUCAUCGAGGACCUUUGUACAUUGCUGCACUUUAUCGAAACGUUCGCUGUCAGUGACAACACGGAAAUUGCGUCCGCUGCACUACGUGGAUUUCAGGACAUCGUUCAGUCGCCAGCUUUGGUGUCGCUGGCGGAUGAUGCCUACGUCGUCGCUGCUGAACCAUCCCUUUCGACUGGCCUGAAAGCGUCGAAACCAUGCUCGAACGAACGAACUGCCUCUUGCGGUGGUAUCGGUAAACCAGGCGGCAAGGCGAAACUGUUGGAUUCCAUUUGGCAGGUAUGGUUGCGAAUAGCGGUUUCUUCGACAAUUUCUGACGACGACCAAGCGUCGACCUUCUCAAACAACCCUCAUAUGUCAUCCCUGACGUCUGAAUAUUUCAACCUGUUGCUGGUGCUGUUCACGAAAAUUUUCAAGCACUGUCGCGCCGUCAUGGACAUGUCUGACGUUUUUCGGGUUAUGAGCUUGUUUCAGACAGCCAUAGCCUUGCCGUUAAUCGACGACGAGGCAUCGCCGCUCAUAGCUUCCCCUCUGCCUGACGUCGCUCGCACGCAGGAAACGGCGCUGAGUUGCGUUCAGCUUUUUUAUCAGGAGUCGUCGCUGCCUGUCAGUCGUCUGCGCUCAGCUUUGCCCUCCGUGUUGAAUUGUCUGCUGGAGUUUUUCGCUCUGUCUUACAAGCCUGUUUUUGCUCAGUCCACGAAAUUCGUCGAUUCGAAAGACAGC